AUGGGUGUGGUAUGUUGGUCAGCCUACAAACUGACAAUCUUUAUCCAAGUGGUGGAUGACGACCAACGAGGAGGACGACGACCAGCAAUCACGUCAGAUCCAACAGCCUUCAAUCAAUCUGAAUGGAAGGUGAAAAGUGGUAGCACUGCUGCUAUUGAUCCAAAGGAUCAGCCUAUAUGCUUUGUUUCGUGCGGAUAUUCUGAUACCGCUGCGCAAUUGGACCCCUUGAGUGAUGUUCACGACCGGUAUCCGGAUUUCAAAUUUUUCAUAUUCACCAAUCUAAAGGAUCAAGAAUGGGAGACUCCUGGCUGGGAAAAGAUUAUCACGGAUUUCACAUUUCGACGACGAAUAACACACUCACGGUACGGCAAGUUUCUGGCAUGGAAGUACGACAAGAUUCGGAACCAUUGCCGGGUCGUCUAUUUUAUGGAUCCAGUGCUAGAACCUAGAGCGAAUGAGACAACCUUUGUAGAGCUUGCAGAGAUGAUUGAAGCGUAUGAGCCUGGAUUUAUGCAAUUCCGACAUCCAAGAAAACGAAAGAGCCUGAUGCAGGAGUUCGAAGGCAUUGCCAUGGCCAAGAAGGACUACGCCGCGAAUAUUGAAAAGUCGAUCAACUGGAUGAAAGCUCAGCCAGAUUUCAAUGAUACGACAAACAUAUUCUUGAACCAAUGCAUCGGUUACAAUCCUCGGUCGAAAAUAUUUCAAGAAAUUACGACUUCCAUGUGGAGCAGAUAUUCCUUGGAAUUGGAUUCCUGGAGAGAUCAACCCUUGUGGGCGUUCAUGCUACGUCGUCAUAAAGUGGCUCCCAAAGUAUUCCCCAUUUCAUGGUGGAAGCUAUUCAAGAAGAAGCCUCCAAACGAACAUGGGCACAACAAUCACGAAUACCAAUCCGAAGAAGAUGUCAGAAGUCACAAUGUCUUCUGA